CGAAGACUGGCGCUCGAGUCUAGCUAUUUAGCACUGUAGUUGUAGGAAAUGCCAAUGCAGAACCCGUAGCUUCCGGGAAGGUAAGCCCAGCUCCCUGGGUUAGUGGGUUGGUGUCAGGCCCUGCGAGCCAGCCGUAAAAAAGACUAGCACCGGAAAAUCAACAAGAGAAGAAUGCGAACCGAUACCAAUGGCGACGACCACAGCGACGAAAAGGGACUUGCGAUUGGAAGCUCGGUACGUGGAACUGCAGAUCUCUCAACUUCAUCGGCAGCACCCGCAUACUCGCCGAUAUACUGAAGGACCGCGUGUUCGGAAUCGUAGCGCUGCAGGAGGUGUGAUGGACAGGAUCUAUGGUGCGAACGUUUAGAGGUAAUCAUACCAUCUACCAGAGUUGCGGCAACACACGUGAGCUGGGAACAGCUUUUCUUGUGAUGGGCGACAUGCAGAGGCGCGUGAUCGGUUGGUGGCCGAUCGACGAAAGAAUGUGCAGGUUAAGGAUCAAGGGCCGAUUCUUCAACGUUAGCAUAAUAAACGUGCACAGCCCUCACUCCGGAAGCACUGAUGAUGACAAAGACGCAUUUUACGCGCAGCUCGAACGCGAGUACGACCGCUGCCCAAACCACGACGUCAAGAUCAUCAUAGGGGAUCUAAACGCUCAGGUAGGCCAGGAGGAGGAAUUCAGACCGACGAUUGGAAAGUUCAGCGCCCACCAGCUGACGAACGAAAAUGGCCUACGCCUCUUCGAUUUCGCCGCCUCCAAGAACAUGGCCAUCCGUAGCACCUUCUUCCAGCACAGCCUCCCGUAUCGUUACACCUGGAGAUUACCACAACAAACGGAAUCGCAAAUCGACCACGUUCUGAUUGAUGGACGGCACUUCUCCGACAUUAUCGACGUCAGGACCUAUCGUGGCGCUAAUAUCGACUCCGAUCACUACCUGGUGAUGGUUAAACUGUGCCCAAAACUCUCCGUUAUUAACAAUGUACAGUACCGGCGGCCGCCCCGGUACGAUCUAGAGCGACUGAAGCAACCGGAUGUCGCCACCGCAUACGCGCAGAAUCUCGAGGCAGCGUUGCCGGACGAGGGUGUGCUCGAUGUGGCCCCUCUAGAGGACUCCUGGAGUACAGUCAAAGCAGCCAUCAACAACGCAGCCGAGAGCACUAUCGGGUACGUAGAACGGAGUCGACGAAACGAUUGGGUUCAACGUAUUUUCAUUGACGCUGAAAUCGGUAAAUCCAAAGCAAUUGAUCAGCAACCUGUGGCAUACAACAUGACGAAAGUUUGGUGGAAGAAUGCAAAGCAACAGCAUCUACAACAACGCAAGAUGCUGAGGUGUUAUGAGUGUGGCAAACUUGGCCACAUUCGCCGUUUUUGCGUUGUAUAUAAGCAUAAAAUGCAGAAACCAGCCAAUGUCACGUCCAACAUUCAGAAGCCUCCCCAGCGCCAGAAGCGCGACGUAGCCCUCAUUACCAACGAGAGUGGUGAUUGCAUUGUGCGUGUCCCAAUCGGCCGUGUCAACACUGACACGCAGGAACGGGACAACAACCAACUAAUCCGCAGUUAUCCCUUCUGGGAGCUACCGGUCGCCAUGCCAGUGAGUACACCAGUAAACUUCAUAAUCGACAGUGGCGCCACCAAUCACAUGUGUCGAGAAAUACUACAUUUCAAGACGAUGUGGGAUAUUGAACCGCUGACCAUCACCACGGCAAAGUCCGGCGAAAGGGAAAUCCUCCAGCAGAACUAUGCCACCUUGACUCCGAUGUCGAUAGCCAUACCGUACUCGAUCUGCGUCAAGCUUGCGGCUAUGCCGAACUCUCGGCGCAUACGAAAUGAGAAACCAGCAAACAUGCUGCUGGUGGCUAGGCUAGGUAUGCGGAGUGCGAGAUUAAUGGGCUCAAACGCGAGUGUGUUGUGGAUUGACAUCUAA